UACCAAACAUAUUCUAAUUUUGCUCACCUGUGAAAAUUUAAACAGCCUGCGGUCCUCUAUAGUCUAUAGUCUCUCUCUCUCUCUCUCUCUCUCUCUCUCUCUCUCUCUCUCUCUCUCAUGUUUCAUUUUUUUUUUUCUCUCUCGAUCCCUAAAAAACUGGUCUUGUCUCAUGAAUCUCAUCCUAAUUAACUCUGUUUCGGUCUCUAUCUCUCUCUUCUCUAUUUUUCAUCUUUCAAAAAUCCUAAAAUUAUUUGCCUCUCUUCUUCUAUUUACUGAAGCUUUCACACUUGAGUUUGCUCACCUGAGAAACUCUUUAGUCACCAGCUUGUGAGACGAAGGCGUUGAAGAAGCCCCAACGCCCACAUUGUCGUUCUUUCCCAUUUCAAAACGCAGUGUCGUUUCCAUCAACAAAACAACAAAAAAGAAGCUCAAGUGUCGUAACUCCCAAAACAAACCAACCAAAAUGGAGACGGAAGAGGACGACCUCAACAACAACAACCUCGACCUCGACCUCGAUCACGACCUCCUCUCUUUCUCCACUACUUCACGGCGUCGGCCCAUCUGCCCCAACUGCUCCCGGCCCAGCCCCGUCUGCCUCUGCCACGCCCUCCCGGCCCAGCCCAUCCCCACCACGACCCAAAUCAUAGUCCUCCACCACCCCCACGAGGUCCAACACAAGCUCUCCACCACCCCAAUCCUCACCAAAUGCCUCUCCAACGCCACCGCCGUCGUCGGGCGCCGUCUCCGUCACGGCCUGUCCCCUCUCCUCGACCAAUCGCCGCCCGCCAUCUACCUCUUCCCCUCCACACCCAACUCCUCCCCCGCCAUUACCCUAUCCCAGCUCCGUCACCGCCGCCCCCCGUCAGUCCUAAUCGCAUUCGACGCCACGUGGAAGCACGCGAGGGAGAUGGUCCGUGCCAGCGAGGAUUUCCUCUGGGGAUUCGCCCAAAGGGUUUGCUUGGAGGUUGAUGAGAGCGUGAAAGGUGGGACCAUCUUCGACUCGGAGCUGAUUCUGAGGAAGGAGCCGUUUGGUGGGUGCGUGACCACCAUGGAAGCUGUGGCCAGGACCUUGGGGGUAAUUGAGCCCAAUGGGCCGGAUAUUGAGGACAGGCUUGUUGGGCUUUUGAGGGAGAUGGUUAGGUUGCAGGCUGGGUAUCUUAGGCCUGUGAUGCCCAGGCCCAAGUUGGUUAAGAAGAAAGGGAAGGGAGAGAAGGUGGUGGUGGUGGAGGAGGAUGAGAGGGAGAGUUCUUAACUCGCAAAGUGGCAAAGCAAGUUUCUGAUUAGUUUUGCUUUUUUGUUUGGAAAAGAAAAUGAUAUA